AUGGCUAAUCUGGAAACUCUGCAGGAAUUGUCACACGCUGUUCAGUCUGGAUGCAUCAACGAAGUUAAACGUUUAACUAGUAACCUUCCAGAUAAUUAUUUAACAUCAUGGGACAGGGGUUUUAAUCUUCUUUAUAAUGCGCUCUGGUGUAAUCAAAUAGAAAUAUCUAAAUUACUUAUAAGUCGGGGAUGUCCAUUAUUUGGAACUGAAUUGAAAACAGCUCUUCAUAUAGCUGUUAUCAAAGGAGAUUUAUUGUUGGUACAAAUGCUAUUAAAAAGAGGACUGUCCUUCACUUUAUCAGACAACGAAGGAAUGACACCUAUUUAUAAUCUCGCAUACCGAUUUUCUUCUGACGAAGAGACCUCCCAAAUCCUCGACUUUCUUGUUAGCCAAGGUGCAAAUCUUAAUAGCAAACAUCGAGAAAGUGGUUAUACAUUGCUCCACUUUUCUGCUUUCCUAGGAAACUUCUCUAUUGUUCCAUUGCUUAUAACGAAAAAAUGCCAUAUGAAUGCCAGAUCAAAAGAAGGUGUAACUGCUCUACAUGUAGCAGCAAUGAAAGGUUACUCUCAGAUUGUUUCCGAACUUCUUUGCGCUGGUGCUAGACCCAAUAUUCGUACCGAAAGCAGCAUCACUCCUCUAUGCUUCGCUAUACGAAGCGGUGAUAUGACAACCAUUGAAAUGCUUCUUAACAGAACUCUUCGCGGAUUUCGACAACUCAAAGAAGAUGAACCGUUCAUCUACCACGCUGUAGGUACAGGCAAUAAAGCAAUCGUCGAAUUGCUUUUACUCAAAGGAGCAUCCGUCAACGUUUAUUCAGCAGGAAAAACACCUCUGCAUCUUGCAGUUGAAAUGGGCAGGGAAGACCUCGCGAGUAUUCUUUUAAAAUCAGGUGCAGACCCGAAGGCAUCUCAAUUGCAUGCUUCAGUUUCAGAGCUAAAUCGAAUUACUACUGGCUACACAGCUCUGCACAUUGCUGCUGAAAAGGAACAUGCAGGAAUCGUCAAUUUGUUAUUGCAAAAUGGCGCACAUUCUGGAGCUGCCGACGAAGCUGGAAGAACUCCAUUACACUUGGCAACUAAAACUGGAUCUUUGCCAAUUCUUGCUGCCCUUUUAAUGAGUAAUCGUAACCCUAUUUCUGCAUUCACUCUAGCAGAGCCAGAUGGUUUCACGCCUCUUCAUAUUGCCGCUGAAAAUGGUUUUGAAGACAUUGUGAAACUUUUCCUAGAUGUUGGGAUUCCUGUUCAAUUGUCGGCAAAAAAUGGAUGGGAGGCUCUUCAUAUUGCUGUUCAAAAGCAAAACAAGGCCUUGAUUUUACUACUUUUAAUAUACGGCGCCGAUGUGAAUGCAGCAGGAGUCAAUGCAAUCGAAACUCCCUUGUUCAUUGGUGCAGAAAUCGGAUCCGCGGAAAUUGUAGAGAUUCUGUCUGAAGCUUCAUCAACCCGUUCCUCAAGGUGGAUUGAAGGUUACUUUCCACUAUAUAUUGCAGCUUAUCGAGGACAUAAAGAAGUUGUGAAGGUGCUUUUAAGGAAGGGUGUAGAUCUCAAAGCAAAUCUCGGGAAAUAUCUUUCUCCUUUGCACGCAGCUGCUCAAAAAGGACACGACAAAAUUGUCGAUCUGCUUCUUGAAUAUGGUGCUGAAGUCAAUCCGAAAAAUACUGAAGACGCCUCUGGUUAUUUUUCUACGCCAAUCCUUGCUGCUGUUCGUGCUGGCCAUGAAAGUAUCAUUUUUACGCUUUUGAACCGUGGCGCUUUCAUAAAUGUAAAGCUUCACUCAGCUUCUCAGAAAUGUUCCUUUGACGUGGAACGUCUUCUAACCUACGGAGAUUACACAGAUUCUGAAUUGGCUGGAAAAGUUGGAUACACUCCGCUUCAUUUUGCCGUAGAAGCUGGAAACGAGACAUUAGUACAAAUUCUUUUAAGCCUUGGAGCGAACGUAAACGUAAUAUCUGCAAAUUCAAUUACGCCACUCAGAAUAGCCAUUGAGAAAGAACAUGCGGCAAUUGUUAGCUACCUUUUAACAGCAGGUGCCGAUAUUAAGAUGCGAGAUUUGAUUCUACACAUUGCUAUCUUAAAGAAAAAUGAAGAGAUUGCUUCUAUGCUCUUGAAAGCUGGAGUUGAUGUAAACACUAAAUCCGAAGAUAACAAAACAGCUCUGAGUAUUGCCCUUGAAACUCAACAAGAAAAGCUGGUGGAAUAUCUUCUCAAAACUGGUGCGGAUGUGAAUAUUGAAAUAAAUGAUUCACCAAUUCUAAAUUUUGCUCUCUCAACGAAAAAUAUAAACAUUUCCGAAAUGAUUUUAAAAUCUGGGAUUAACGUCAAUGCUAAAUCAAGAGAUGGUAUAACAGCGUUAAGUAUUGCUGUUUACAACUCAAUGGAGACAAUUGUUCAGCCUCUAUUAGAAGCUGGUGCUAAUCCCAAUGUUGGAUUGUAUUUAACCCCGAUUCUAAACAUUGCUCUUGCAAAGGAAAAUUUAAAAAUCGCCGAAAUGCUUAUAAAAUUUGGUGCUAAUGUUAACACAAAAUCAAUAUUUGGUAUAGCACCGCUAGGUAUUGCUGUUGACAGCGAACUACCAGAGAUCGUUCGACAUCUUCUUGACGCUGGUGCAAAUGUUAAUGUCAUACAUGACAAUAAAUCAGUUUUGCAAAAUGCUGUGUCGAAGAAGAAUGUAGCAAUUACCGAAAUGCUUUUGAAGGCUGGUGCUGAUGCUAACUUUAACCGAAAUGCUGAUUAUCAUCAUGAUAAACCAGCUAUUUUUACUGCAGUGGAAACAAAUAACAAAUUGAUUGUUGAAAUGCUUCUAAAGCAUGGCGCUGAUGUAAAUAUUAUAUUUAAAAACAGUACACCACUCUGUCUGGCCGCUGAAAGAGAGUUCGAAGAUAUUGUUCAAACUCUUCUAGAAGCUGGCGCUAAUACCUAUGUUAUGGAAUGCAACUCUGAACCAGUACUCUUUACUGCGAUCAGGCAAAAAAAUUCCAAAAUAAUCAAUUUGCUUUUCAAACAUAAUUCCCCAAUCAAUUGUAUUUCCAGCUGGAGAAAUCCAAACCAGUGCAUCGAUAAUUUUGAAACUAACUACACACCUCUCCAUCUUGCCGUUUCGGAAAGCAGUGCUAAUAUCGUCGAACUGCUUUUACAGAAGGGAUCAUUCGUGGAUUUUGAAUUGGAUGAUUUUCCUCUCCAUAAUGCAGUUAAGAGGGGGGAGAAACAGAUUGUUAGCAUACUCAUAAAAUAUGGUGCUAGCGUUAAUUCUGUUUGUAAGCAUGGCAAAACACCACUUUUACAUGCUGUUGAGGAAGGUUUUACGAAUAUUGUAAGACUACUUUUGAUGAACGGUGCAUCCGUUGAAACUCAAAAUGAUAAUUCUCUUCUUCAUACUGCUUUAAAUAGCGGCUCAAAUAUAGAAAUUAUUCAACUUCUUUUAGAUUGUGGCGUUGACGUCAAUGCUACCGGUAAAUAUGGUUCGGCAAUUUCCCGACUCUUAGAAAGUGAAGUCGACGAUGUGAGUGAAAGUAUGGUAAUUGAAAGCAUAAUUCAAAAUAUAAAUAACAGCAGUGAUAGUCGUAACAGUUUUGUAGAAGACGCUUGGGAAUGGGAAAAUUUACUGUCUUCAGAAAGUGAAGUCAAAAUUGAAGAACUUGUUAAAAUACAGCCAGAUGAUCUCGACACAAAUGAGGGAACAGAAGAUAAAGAUCAAACCACCGAAGAUAUAAAAAACAAUAGUUCAGAGAAAAUAAAAUUACUGAAACUCUUCCUAGAAUAUGGUGGUGAUCCUAACACCAAAACAGCAGAAAAUGGAAACUCUGGUCUCUAUUUAGCCACAUUUCAGGAAAAAACUGCUGCAGUAGAACUUUUGAUUCAGAACGGUGCUGACGUCAACUCUUUCAAUAAUUCUGGAUUUUCUCCUUUGAAGUUUGUAAUGAAGAAUGUUCGGUUCAACUUGAACGAUUUUGAACGUGAAAAAAAAUCCAUUUUUUACAUGCAAGAUGUGAACAGCAGACGUAUUGCACGUUUGAUGGUACAAGAAAUCGCUAGACUAGAAGCUUUAAACGGAGGGAUAAAUGAUCAGAAUUUGUCUUUGAUUAGCUUUAAUCUCUUGGCAGAAUUCUACGACCACUGUCAAAAAGAAAUAGAAGAAAUGAGACUUAACAAAAUUUGUAAUUGGCUGAAUUUUUUUGACAUAUUGAUAGGGAAUAACAGUAAAUUAGCUAACUAUAUUAAAAAUAAAAAAAUUAAACAAGUUUUGAAUUCUUGUGAUUGCCUGAAACAGUAUCCACUAUAUGGAAAAGCUUUAAAAGCCCGUAUCACUGAUGCUAAAAAAAGGAAGGUUUUGUUAGAGAUGAGCACAAAGCCAUUGAAAAAAAUUUUCAGAUUUGAAUUUCCCAAUCUUAUUGUUGAUGAAAUAUUUAAUUAUUUAUCGAAUAGAGAUUUGCGAGUCUUAUGCAUUGCUUGUAAUCCCACAGUAUUUCUUAAGGCGGAAACCAUUUGCAAGAAUCCUGUUAAAGUUGAGCUCUUUAAAAAUUUUGUUAGCGAAUAGAUAAAUUCUUCUUUUUAGGUGGCUAGAUAUCGAUGUAUACUUUGAUACAUAGUUUCCUAUCGUCGUUAUUUUGCAUUUUAAUUGUAUGUUCGUUCAUGUUUCCUAUUUAUUGCUACAUAAAUAUGUGUUUUGAUAUAACUAUUCUAAAUUGA